AUGAGUUUCAAGCGGGGGAGGUUCAACAAGCAGAUUGCAGCGGGGGUUGAUCCGGCGGAAGUGAAGCUAGAGACAUGGGUGGCUCAGCUCAGGAACAAAGUGAUGGACUUUUUGAGGGGGGCGUGGCUGCUGAUGAGAGGACAGCCGGCGCUGAUCAGGAGGGGGUUCGAGAUGUGCAAGCUAGGCAGCAUCCAAGACCCUGCCUUUCAACGGACGGCGCUGUCGGAGUGUCUCCAGCGCAAGCUGCUGAGAGAUAUGGAGCAAGUAGAAGCUGCCGUGGGAGUGGACGAGGUUGCUGGGCCGGAAGGCGAGAGAGACGAAGCAGACCUGGAGCAGCUGGCAGGAUUGCCGUUCCAAGAGGUGAUGCAAGGGUACAUGGAUGCGGCACUGGAAUCAGAGCUGGAGGACAUGGACCUGGCAGCUGAUCUUAGUGACGAGGACUUUUGGGACUAA